AUGGUUGAAAGUGCUGCCUUCCCCGGAGGUUACUACAGGAACACUUUCCAAGCUCCUGAUGAAUCAGAGGGCUCUGGAAGCUCUGCUCAGAUUGAUACCGAGGUCACCGCCUCUGAGAAUUCAAGCACUCCUGCACGAAAGUGUGUAAAGCUGAACGCUAAUGAUGAAGAUCCUUACGGUGUCCAGAGACAAGUCAUUUCGUUGUAUAGCAUGUCACAAUCUGAGAGAAAGGAUUUGAUCCAUCGGCUCAAACAGGAGCUGGAGCAGACUAAGAUAGUUCUUAAAAACGCUGAGUUGCUUAAUCCAGCCUCUUCGUCGUUUACUACUGCUCAUAAGCUACCGUCUCGGUCGAAGAGGCCUUCUGAUUUUGCAAGGGGACCAGGAAAGAACGUUGGGUCUACUUCUCGUGGAUGGAACCGUGGCUCCUCGGGGAAGUUUGAGUCUUCUUCUAAAGAGUCUGUGGCCACACUGAUGAAGCAAUGCGACACGCUGCUUAAGAAGCUCUGGACUCAUCCGCAUUCUUGGGUUUUUCAGGCGCCUGUUGAUGUAGUGAAACUGAACUUACCUGACUAUCUCACUAUUAUCAAACAUCCCAUGGACUUAGGGACAGUAAAGAAGAACUUAGCCUCUGGUGUAUACUCAAGCCCACAUGAGUUUGCUGCUGAUGUGAGGCUUACAUUCACCAACGCAAUGACGUAUAACCCUCCAGGGCAUGAUGUUCACAUUAUGGCGGAUAUUCUUAGUAAGUUGUUUGAAGCGCGGUGGAAAGUUAUCGAGAAGAAGUUACCAGUGCCUGCAGUUACAUUAGAACCUAGUGAAGAAAGGAGAACUGUUAUCUCUGCCCCUCCCACUAAGAAGAGAAAGAUGGCUUCACCUGUUAGAGAGAGAGUUCCAGAACCUGUGAAGCCAGUAAUGACAGAAGAGGACAGGCAUAGAUUGGGGAGACAACUGGAGUCACUACUGGAUGAAAAUCCUGCACAGAUUGUUGACUUUUUGAAGAAACACAGUUCAAAUGGGGGGGAAAUUGCGGAAGAUGAAAUUGAGAUAGACAUUGAUGUUCUCAGUGAUGAAGUACUACGCACUCUUCAGAAACUUAUGGAUGAAUAUAUCAAAGGUAAAGAAGCGAAGCAGUCUAUUAAUGGAUCAGGACCGAGCAAUUCGUCUCUCCAACGAGGAAAUGAAAUUGCUGUUGAGUAUGUCGGUGGAAACGAACCUCCUAUCUCAGGAACCUCCAGUGAUUCCGAUUCUGGUAGCUCUGAAGAUCAUACUGAUGACGCUAAACCUAUGAUCCAAGAGGGUUCUUCCAAGAUGCCUGAAACUGAGGCACAAAGAGAUGAAGAUGCAAGAAUGGAUGAUCUUCUUGAAGGAAAUCAAUCUACUGGUGCGCCGGAGCAGCAAAAGCCUAGUUCGGAUGAAUCAGAUGGCCAAGCUGAUGGGAAUACAUUAGAGACUCCGGCUCCAUCUGAAAAGCAAUAUAGAGCUGCGCUGUUGAAGAACAAAUUUGCAGAUAUCAUUCUAAAAGCACGCGAGAAAACACUUCCACAGCAGAAUAAGGGUGAUCCGGAAAAGCUUCGCAAGGAAAGAGAAGAACUCGAACUACAGAUGAAGAAAGAGAGAGCACGGCUACAAGCUGAAGCAGAGGCUGCUGAAGUUGCUCGUCGCCAAGCUGAAGCAGAGGCUGCUGCAGAAGCUGCUGCUGAGUCUAAGCGUAAGAGAGAGCUUGAAAGAGAAGCCGCUCGCCAAGCUUUAUUGCAGAUGGAGAAAACUGUAGAGAUCAACGAGAACUCGCGGUUCCUAGAGGACUUAGAGAUGCUGAGUUCGAGUGUUCCAGAGCAAUUAACUAACUCAGCUGAUGAAAUCAGCCCCGAGAAGUCUUUAGACGCCCUUGGAAGUUUCAACUUCAGAGGAAUCAACCCUCUUGAGCAACUCGGACUGUACAUGAAACAAGAUGAUGAUGAAGAGGAACCCGAGGCUCCUGCUUGUGUUCCAAAGCUAGCCACCGACGUGGAAGAAGGUGAAAUCGAUUGA